AUGUCCUUCUCAUUUAAAUGGCCCCGUUUCUCCGAUGAGUUUCACGCACAUGCGAUCGAGCUCCUCAACACCGCUCUGAACAAGGGCACCAAACCGCCCGUCAUCGCCGAUAAGAUUGAGGUUGUCGAGCUCGAGAUGGGCACCCAGCAGCCUCCAGAGCUUGAGAUCCGGGAUAUUGGGGAUCUGACCAUGGAUCAAUUUCGUGGAAUAUUUCGCCUUACAUAUAAUGGUGAUGCCUAUAUUGUUCUUCGGACCAAGGUUCAGGCGAACCCACUCAACCACAAGCAACCUGACAUCCAUCUCAUGGGAGGAUCUCGCGGAAUGCUCGCGGCUAAGCAGCCUCUGGUUGUUCCUAUGCUUCUGCGACUGUCAAACUUCAAGCUCAGUUCUUAUGUCGUGCUGGUCGUCUCAAAACAGAAAGGCAUCACCAUUGUCUUUAAGACAGACCCCCUACAAAACGUCGACAUAAACAGCACGUUCGACUCGAUUGCGGUCAUACAAAAUUUCAUACAGCGGGAGAUAGAAGGUCAAUUACGACAAAUGUUCAGAGAAGAUUUGCCAGGCAUCAUCCAUCGCUUAAGCCAGCAAUGGAUGAAGGCAAAGGUGGAAGCGCCUUAUUUGCAUCGA